GAUCACCGGCCGUGGCUUAACUUGUCAUAAAAAUAGCGUAAACGGUAUGUGGUUAACUUUAUUCGUCGUGUCGUGUUUGAAAACUUGCAACUAGCAAAGUUUGAAGCUCCUUAUUCACCCUUUGAAGUCGAGACAUAACGGUUCACCUUAAAAGCCCAAACAAAAGUGACAUCAUCCCUCUAACUGUACCUACAAAUAGGUUAGGGUCAGAGCGCACACGGGUGUUGUCAUCAGUGGAAGAGGCAUGGGUCAGAUAAGAUUUGGCAUCCUACUAAGAGCUAUUCUUUUACAGUGUUUUGUCACAAGGAAUGUGUUUUCCAUUCAGAAAAGAGAAUGGAUUGAUGCCCCAACCACAACAUUAACAGAAGGAGAUGUGUCAUGUUUUUCUGACUACAUGGAGAUGUGGAUCCACAGUGUGAGGAUUGAAGGGCUGGGAAUCUGGCUUUCUGGGGCCUUACGCAUCCAUGUCAACCUUACAUCUCUGGAUCACCUAAACAUCCAGCUGUCUGCCUGUGGAUUCUCACUGCACAGAGACCCUGACAAGAACUUUAUUUUUAGAGUCAGCUAUACUGGAUGUUUUGUCCAGCAAGAGCAAGGCUACCAUGUCCUGACACUGAAUUUGGUGAAGAGGAUCAGUCGUUUUGGAGGCAGACCUCACAGCGUCAUGAUGAAGUGUCCCGUGGUUUCUGUGCUGCCCAGCCGAGAGCAAAUCCAGUGUGACCCAGAGUAUAUCCAGGUUACCAGAAAAGUUCCCCAUGGCAACUGGGAUAACGAGUUGCAUUGGUCUCUGUCUCUGAGCGAUCACCUCAUUGUAGCUCUGGAAGAUGCUAGCCUGAUCCAGAUGAGCAUUGACAUGAGUGGACCAGACAUUACAGUUCAAGGAAGGAGGAGGGAUGUCUUGAGCCCUGUCAAAGUAAUGGAAAAUGAAGGGGAAUUCUUGGCUUUGAAGCUGGUUAGUGGUCAGUAUGCCUACAGUAUGGAAGCUACAUGUCCAAAAGUGACCGUGUCCACAGCAGAGGAGACUGUAUUGCAUAUUUUCAAACGACACAUGGGUUUGACUAAGCGAGGCAGCUCUGACAAUGAACCACUGACAGUCAGUAAUGUUUCGGUGAACCAGACAGAUAAUUUCACUCUGCGUGAGACGAGUAAAUUUGCGACACUGAUCAUCCCUACAGCCCAAAUACUCCAGACCAAGGCCUGCGCAGACAGCAAACAACUCCUGCAGCCGUUCUACAGGGUGGAUGUUGUGCUCACCUUCAAAGAGACAAAUCACAAAAUGCAUUGGACCAUGGAGAACGCACUGCCAUGCACAGUCAGGCCUGCUGUGACACACUUCACAUCCUCUCCUGCUCCAAAAACCACAGCUCUGUCCACGCUCAACUUUGGACAUGAGAAUUUAACUACAGAGGAGCCAUCGUUGGACCGUUCUACCGUCCUUGUAGGGAAACGAAAUGAGAGUACCUCAUCAGAAGAGAUGACUGCAGAGUUUUCCACAACUAAAUCACCUCACACACAGAUGGACAGUUUUAAUCUGCCCAUUGAUGAGAUAUCUAAGAGUCAAAGUGGAAAUUUGUCUUCUCUGUUUGAGGGUGACACUAUUGCUUCUAUUAAUGCAACUGAAACAAGCUUUUUUGAUUUUCUAAAUGCAACCACAAACACAUCAGCAGAGCCAAGUGUCCUUUUGUCAUCAGCCUCAGCUGAAACAGUUUUAUUCACAAAGGAUCUACCUAAGCAAGAACAAUUCAAGACAACCAGUAGGAAUAAAGACCAGCAGAAACAGAAAAGACUGAAGUGGAUUUGGGAGCACUAGAACCAAGACAAAAUAUGUGAAAUCUAUGAUUAUUAAAUGUCAAUUUAUUUAGUUUUGUGUUUUCUAAGUCACACUGUGCUUCAAAUGCAGUUUCAGUGCGAUGACACCACUUGCUUUAAGCCCUUUUGAUUCACUUGUUUAAUUCUUCCUGGUGUCACAUGUUACGUCUACAUCUGUUUGCAGUCUUUAAAGGUGAUGCUGUGGUCAGUCACCACUGUGAAGGUUGAUUAUACAAGCAGAAAUACAGCCAGACCUCUGCCAGCCGUUGCCUGAGGGUGGACAUUAUCCAGACACAGACAAGCCAGGCGUUAAAUAAACAUGUCUGUACCCGAGCAGCAAAACAGGCUGAUGUAGAGAAGACCCUGCAGUUGUUAGAACUGAUGCCACCUUCUAGAGCGGCGUUGUGUUAUAGAAAGUCAUAAUAAAGACCUGAUUUUCAAUGCCUGUGUGCUUGUUAUGAUGAAUCUCAGACCUUCAGAAGUUUUAUGUUUUUUAUGUGAGACUGAUGCUUUGUACACAGGUCUUUCUUUGUUCUAUUAAAAAAACAAAUUCAUUUUCUGACUUUAAACAUUAUUUCAGCCACUGUAGAGCUUCUUCAUGUAGUUUUACUGCAGUACACUGUACCAACAGCAGAGAGCACUCUUGAAUGUGUUUUCAGUAAAUUCCCCCAAUGGGCGGCAGCCUGCCCGCAGAUGCUCUUGUCCAAAUGAACCAGUUUUACAUGUUUUUGCAGUCGAUGUAUUUUCAGUCUUAUUGACUUUUUGUCUGCGCUGUCUGUUGAGCUGUAUGUGAAUCAUUAAUUACCACAGAGUGAUGCAAAAUGCAUAAGAACAGGAAGUUUAAUUUGACAUCUUUCUCAGUAUAGUUGAUUAGUUGCUUUAAAUAUGACCUCCUUAAAUGUAUUACAUACACAAGCACAGGUGUGAACCAGAUCAAUCUGACUAAAAUGACAAAAGAGGUCCCACUUUUGUUUCAACCAUUUUUUUCCCCCCACCUUUGUUAUUGUGACCUCCUGGUAUGCACCAAAGCGUCUGUAAAUGAUAACAGUGCAGUGUUACGCAGUUACAUGCAUCAUAUACAAUGGGCUGUGGGGCAGAAAAUCUAAACUUCCUUGUGCCUUUGGUCCCCAUCUGCUCAGUGAACUUAUGAGCAGGAAAUGGAAUA